ACUCCCAGGGCUGAGCCCGGACGCCGCCGUCCCGCGCGCCUCGGGGACCUGCAGAAAGCCUGCGACCUGGAGCUCCCCUCGGUGCUGACAUGAUGACAGUGUGCAGGCCGGCCAAGGGCAGCCACAGCCAGACUGAAAACCUGAGCUACAAAUUGGCCGACAAGGUCAAGGUGGAAGGUCCAAGGACUGAGAAAGACCCUCGAAGGUAUCGCUUAAGUCCUCCAUUCCUUUCCUAGAGACUGAUCAGGAGUCGGGCUUCAGAAGGAGCCCCCCGGAAGGGCUCCGCAACCUCCCGCUAGAGUCGAGAAUGGAUAUGUUCAGCUUGGAUAUGAUCAUCAGUGACCCAGCUGCGGAAGCCAGCAGGGCUGGGAAGAAGCAGCUGGGAGGCGUUCAGAACCCUUGCUCACCUGCCAGAGCCGGACCCCGGCACAAGUCCCUCAACAUAAAGGACAAGAUAUCAGAAUGGGAAGGGAAGAAAGAGGUGCCCGCUCCUGCACCCAGCAGGAGAGCAGAUGCACAGGGGGAUUAUCUGACGUCCUGUCUGGUGGAGAGGAGGAGUAGUGAUGGGGUGAGAACUCAGGUCACAGAGGCUAAGAAUGGAAUGAGGCCAGGAACAGAGAACACAGAGAAGCAGAGGAAUAAAGGAGCAGUGAACGUCGCGGGACAGGACCCAGAGCCGGGGCAAGACCUAAGCCUGCCAGACCGGGAAGUGGAUCCUAGCUGGAGCCGAGGCCGAGAGCCAAGACUUGGCAAGCUACGCUUUCAGAACGAUCACCUCUCUGUGCUGAAGCAGGUCAAGAAACUCGAGCAGGCUUUGAAGGAUGGGUCGGCAGGGCUGGAUCCUCAGCUGCCAGGAACUUGUUACUCCCCACACUGCCCACCUGAAAAGGCAGAGGCGGGGCCCACCCUUCCUGAGAACCUGGGAGGCGGGAGUGGCUCGGAAGUCAGCCAGAGGGUCCACCCCUCCGACCUGGAAGGCAGGGAGCCAGCCUCGGAGGCUGUGGAGGACAGGAAAGGCUCGUGCAGAAGGCCCUGGGACCGGAGCCUUGAGAACGUGUACAGGGGCUCGGAGGGUUCCCCCACAAAGCCCUUCAUCAACCCUCUGCCAAAACCCCGGAGAACGUUCAAACAUGCCGGAGAAGGGGACAAAGAUGGGAAGCCUGGCAUCGGCUUCAGGAAAGAGAAAAGAAACCUGCCUCCUCUGCCCUCGCUACCUCCCCCGCCUCUGCCCUCCUCUCCCCCGCCGUCCUCUGUGAACAGAAGACUGUGGACUGGGAGACAGAAAUCCAGUGCAGACCACAGAAAGUCCUAUGAGUUUGAAGAUUUACUGCAGUCUUCCUCUGAGAGCAGCAGGGUGGACUGGUACGCGCAGACUAAGCUGGGGCUGACGCGUACUUUAUCGGAGGAGAACGUCUAUGAAGACAUUCUGGAUCCGCCAAUGAAGGAGAACCCUUAUGAGGACAUCGAGUUACACGGUCGCUGCCUGGGGAAGAAGUGUGUCUUGAAUUUUCCUGCUUCUCCCACCUCUUCCAUCCCUGACACACUCACCAAGCAGUCAUUGUCCAAACCUGCUUUUUUCCGACAAAAUUCAGAGAGGAGGAACUUCAAACUGCUGGACACUAGGAAGCUGAGUCGGGAUGGAACUGGGUCCCCUUCCAAAAUCAGCCCCCCCUCCACUCCCAGCAGCCCUGACGACACUUUCUUUAACCUUGGAGACCCACAGAACGGCAGGAAGAAGAGAAAGAUACCUAAGCUGGUAUUGCGAAUCAACGCCAUUUAUGAGGUCCGGAGAGGAAAGAAACGGGUGAAGAGGCUGUCCCAGUCAAUGGAGAGCAACUCAGGAAAAGUGACAGAUGAGAACAGUGAGUCUGACAGUGACACAGAGGAGAAGCUGAAAGCUCACAGCCAGCGCCUGGUCACCGUGAAGUCCCGCCUGAAGCAGGCGCCUCGGUACCCAUCACUUGCCCGGGAGCUCAUCGAGUACCAGGAGAGGCAGCUCUUCGAGUAUUUUGUGGUUGUGUCUUUGCACAAGAAGCAGGCUGGGGCUGCCUACGUACCAGAACUCACCCAACAGUUCCCUCUGAAGUUGGAAAGAUCUUUCAAGUUCAUGAGAGAGGCUGAGGACCAACUGAAGGCCAUUCCCCAGUUCUGUUUCCCUGAUGCCAAGGAUUGGGUUCCUGUCCAGCAGUUCACCAGUGAAACAUUCUCAUUUGUCUUAACUGGAGAAGAUGGGAGCAGAAGGUUCGGUUACUGCCGAAGACUGCUGAUAUUGGAUGAGGUGGAAAAAAGACGAGGCAUCUCUCCUGCCCUGGUUCAACCACUCAUGAGAAGUGUCAUGGAAGCUCCUUUCCCAGCCCUGGGCAAAACCAUCCUUGUCAAGAACUUCCUGCCAGGUUCAGGAACUGAGGUGAUCGAACUGUGCCGCCCGCUGGACUCCCGGCUCGAGCACGUGGACUUUGAGUCUCUCUUCUCCUCCCUCAGCGUCCGCCACCUGGUCUGUGUGUUUGCCUCCCUGCUUCUGGAGAGGAGGGUCAUCUUCAUCGCAGACAAGCUCAGUACCCUGUCCAAGUGCUGCCACGCAAUGGUGGCGCUGAUCUACCCCUUCACCUGGCAGCACACCUACAUCCCGGUGCUGCCACCCGCCAUGGUCGACAUCGUGUGCUCGCCAACGCCCUUCCUCAUCGGGCUGCUCUCCAGCUCUCUGCCCCUGCUCAGGGAGCUGCCGCUGGAAGAGGUCCUUGUGGUUGACCUCGUCAACAGUCGGUUCCUCAGACAGGUGAGUGAGGCCAGCGACGGCCUCCUGCUCCCUUUGUCUUCACCUAUUUGUUGCUCAGAGUCCAGCCCCUUGAAUGAGGUGGUGUCUGAAGCCUUUGUCCGCUUCUUCGUGGAGAUUGUGGGACACUACUCUUUGUUCCUGACGUCGGGUGAGCGCGAGGAGAGAACCCUGCAGCGGGAGGCCUUCCGCAAAGCUGUCUCCUCCAAGAGUCUCCGCCACUUCCUGGAGGUCUUCAUGGAGACUCAGAUGUUUCGGGGCUUCAUCCAGGAGCGGGAGCUGCGCCGGCAGGAUGCCAAAGGUCUGUUUGAGGUCCGAGCCCAAGAGUAUCUGGAAACACUCCCCAGUGGAGAGCACAGCGGUGUCAAUAAGUUCCUGAAGGGACUAGGCAAUAAAAUGAAAUUUCUCCACAAGAAAUAACUCUCAGCUCAGCCUCAAGGGAAAACUUCCUCCUAGUGCAGCUCCAUGCUUUAAAAACAGUUCCUGGUGGCCUUUCUGAAAGGCUGGCUCCCAGGUUGUCCUGGUGCGGAACUGGAGGCCACAGUGGCUUCUGACUGAGGCUGGGCUUUCCCCUGGAUGGGGGCCUGGAAGCCACCCGGGAGGGCAGCCCCGGAAAGGGAGCCCGAGACCAGGCGUGUCGCCGACAUGCAAAUGGGUUGUUUUGGUGGUUGGGGUUUUUUUUAAUCUUAGAUAUUAAAAGUAAGAAAAAUG